GCUACAACUUUCAGUCGGCAGCGCUCUCAGUCAGCUUUGGGAGGCUCUGCUUUAAACGUUGUUGAAACACGGUGGUAUAUUACCGGACACACGCAAACCCCGGUAAGAUCUUUUCCCCUCUCCGUAAGACGGGUAAACGCACACCAUUCGGGCGAAGUCGACGAACGAAAGUGCCAAGUUCAAGUUCGUUAAACGUUCGUUAAGAUCGAUAAAAAGAGAGAGAAGAGUUUGCCGAUCUUACGCGCACCGACGAUCGACGAUCGACGACGACGACGACGACGGGCUGUAUACUCGAUAGUACGUGAGGAGACAAGUUAUCGCUGUCGCAAAGUCGAUCCAGAGAGAGAGAGAUAGAUAAAGAAGAGGCCAAAAGAGCCAGUCGAUCCGUACCAGGAAGCACGAAUCCGAGAAGUAAACGUUCUCCGUAUUCGCGCGCGUCCGCUCGCCUGCCCGCCCGCCCGCUCGUUCCUGUUGGCUGUUUUUAUUAUUAACGUUAUUCUCCGAGACACACGUGUCGAUCGGGGCACGUACUGUUUAUUUACGCGCGGGUGCUUCCGAUGCGAGCUACGGCAGCGGCGGCGGCAUCGGCAUCGCAUAACGACGCAUACGGUCGUAGUGGCAGUUUUAUUGUGUUCUGAAGAAAGUUUUUCAUCCUCCCUCCCCAACCCCCUCUCUCCCCCGCUCACCGCCAACGCGCGACUUCUUCACCACCAACGCUGCGUCACACUUCAUUUUUCGCGCUGCGCGGGACGAGAGGCGAAAGGAGGGGAAAGAAAAAGGAUCGGAGGGAAGGCGAACAACGGUCGUCAAGAUACAAAGUGUGUUUUUGUGCGACACCCGAAGAACAUGUCGACUGCCGUCAUGAGUAAUACGUCCAUGUUCGAGUGCGGCGAGCAUCUUUUUAAGAAUGCAGCUUCGACUAAGGCGAAGGAACCUCCGUCGUCUCCAACGACGACGAGCGCCACGAAUGGCAGUACCACCAACGGCAACAACGUCGGCAACGGGCACGCGCCUCUGAAACGCAGCUACACCUCCUUGAUGACCACAUUAAUCGAGCAGCAUCGAAAACUGGAUCGUAGCGUGAGCGAACCGACGUCGCGCUACAAAACGGAGCUCUGCCGGCCGUAUGAGGAGAGUGGCUCGUGUAAGUACGGCGAUAAAUGCCAAUUCGCGCAUGGCUACGGCGAGUUGCGCAACUUGGCGCGUCAUCCAAAGUACAAGACCGAGUUGUGCCGCACCUUCCACACGAUUGGCUUUUGCCCGUACGGACCACGCUGCCACUUCAUCCACAAUUUCGAGGAGGCGCGUAUACACAAUCAAAAGGUGAGCGCCCAGCUGGGCUCGACACAGCCCAACAUCGUGGGCCUGAAUCCGCUGAUGAGCGCGGCCGCCGCCGCCGCGGUAGUGUCCGGCAAUGGCACCGCCGCGAACAACAGUGCCACUGCGAAUAACGUCAGCGUCAACGUCAGCUUGCUCGAGCAACUCGCCGCGUCGUCGCACGUGGCCGCGGCUGCGGUGGCCACCGCCACUACUACAUCGAACCUCUUGCGAGCGAACUCGUUGAGCCUCGGCAGUACCACUGCAACCAGCGCGAACAACUUCAAUCAGACGUUGCUGCGAGCGUCGUCGCUGAACCUGGGCACGAAUCAUCCCGCGAUACAUCAUCAUCAGAUGAACACCGUGAAUUUGGUAAUCGGGGCGACGAAGCCGAAACCGCUCAAUCUCAGCCCGACAUUCUCGCUCGGCAGUUCUGCCGAUUCAGUGUCGCCGUCGUCUAGCCUCAGUCAGUCGCCGACGAACUCGAUGGCGAGCUUCUUCAGCGACGACCAGCAAACGGUUUCGUGCGCGAAUCUGCAGACGACGCCGUUCAGUUUUGGUCAGGACUUCAGCCUGCUCGCCUGCUCAAGACAGAGCCCAAGCCCGCGCAAUAAUGGCGUAUGCAGUCCCCUCGCCUCCGACGAGGUAACACCCCGAACCCCCUCCCCGUUGUCACCUAACACGGAAUCCAGGUUGCCGGUCUUUAAUAGGAUCAGCAGCACCCUGGGCGACUUCGAUAACCUCAAGAUCUAGAUCGGUCGCCGCGCGAACCGUAAAGAAGGGAGACGCGAAUUCUCGACGAGUCUCGCGCUCGGAAUUGAAAAAGAAGGAGUUUUCACGUGGACUGACUCGAGAUUUGAGCGAUAGCUUCUCCGCAGUGGAUUCUGCCGGUGGAGAAUUAACGUCUUUUUUCUUUUUUACGCAUGCGGUAAAAAAAGUUUGCCGGUUACGUUACGCGGUUCUCCCUUAUCCGUCAUCGGCCGUAUUCCUGAGAAGCAUUUUAGGCACACGUCAGGUUUCAUUACCCUUGAACUAGCAUUUUCCUCUUCUUUUUUUUAUAUAUUAUGAUAAUCAUAAUCUUCAUAUAUAUCAUCGUACUAUUGUAAUAUAUUAUUAUAUUACUAUAUUAUAUUAUCAUAUUAUUAUCGAUACAUAUUUAUCAUCUUAUAUUCUUUCUUUUUCUUCUUUCUCAUAUUCUUAGAAUUCGACGCAUAUCGUUAGACGCGAGUGACUUUUUUUUUAGCAGAAAAGUGAGAUCAGCCCGGAAGUCUCAGUCCGCUCGUUUAUGCCCGAAUAUGAAAAUGGUUGGAGAAUGGUAUGAGAAAAGAGGGAGAGGGAUCUGUAGAUAGAUCAGUAGGUGAUUGAGGCUACCAAGCGCAAAUUUAUUCCGAAACGUGACUUUCCUCCGAGCAAGUUGUUCAUUGAUCUCACUUGGUAGAUCCUCAUUAUCCGCCUUCCGGUCCCUACGAAUCCACAUUUAUCGUCUUCUUCUGUUGGAUUUUCGAGCUACAAACGCAGCGGCGUCGCUAAAUCCGGGGCAGGUAAAAUGUUGCAAUAUCCAAAUAACAUAGACGAUUACGUUUUUUUUCUUCUCCAGAGGAGGAAGGGUGGGGAAAGUUGUCUCGAGAGUGAAAGGAGAGGUGAGAAUAAGCACUCCAGCGAGCAAGUGAAAGAACGAAUGGAAGAGGGUGUAUCGCAGAGUGAAUGGGUGAGUGAGAGUCAGUGGAUGAGUGAAUGAAUGAACGAGAGAGAGAGAGAGACGCGUGAAGCCAAUUAAUGCACUGCAAACGGCGCCGUUCGCCGCAAAAGCGGUUAUCAUAAAAUUACAUUUCUGGAUUAAACAUUUUAUCGUGACUAUCGUUUUUAUUGCAGUCGAUCUCGUUGAUCCCAGGACAUAUUUAGCGCAUCGCGGAUAAACGAGACCGAUCGACAGCGUAAAUUCAUGACAAUAUGUUUCCAAUUUCGCUUGUUUUAUUAUGUUUGCAUAACGUGAGAAUGCUUCCGUACUACGAUUGUUACCCUGUUUUAAAACCAACAUCUAUACUCUUGCUAGAACAAAAGAUUUUGUUUCUGACAAUUUUCAUAAAUGGACUGUAAAGCAGAGACUGUAGAAUAGUUUUAGGAUUUUUUUUCUCUUUUAUUUUAUCAAUCGUAUGCGAAGCGACCAGAUAAUAGUUAGAUUUUUUCUCUUUAGAAAACGCUUGAAAAAAAUCACACAACGACGCUGUUUUCAGUGCAAUAGCGACCGUCUGAUCGCACAAGUGAGUGCCUUUUGUAAAUUUUGAUUGUCUUCCAUAAUUCACUAAUAGGCUACACGGUAUGAAAGAUAAGAGAGAAUGACAAGAUGAUGAUACUGAGGAAAAGAGAGAAUGAAUGAAUGAGUGAGAGAGAAAGUUGAAAAGAAUCAACUGAACAAUAAUGAGAGAAAAUAAGUGUGAUUGAGUAUGUGUUGCGUUUGGGCAAAAUAAGUGUAUGAUAAAAUAAGUAUAGAUAUAUUUUAUAUGUAUAUAUUUUAUAAAAUAUAUACAUAAUACACGGGAGAUCACACACAUACACACACACACACACACACACACACACACCGAGAAGAAAAAUAUACAUUUCGUGUGUUCGAAUUGUCCGGAACUUACGUCGGUUUCUGACUGGCAGUUCCCUUUCUUCUUGAAUAGAAGAAAACACUUCUUUCUCGUCGCGAGGCUCGUUGACUUCUGCCUUUCAUUUUUUUUACACGUGUAUAUGUUACAUAUUUAAUGAUAUAUAUGUUACACCCAUGAUCGCGACGAGGAGAGAGAGACAGACUCACUUCGGCGCGAACGACAGAGCUAUAGUGAUGCCGAUUUAUUUCGUAUGUAUUGCCCUUUCCCAACAAAAAAAAUGUGAUAACUGUAAUACUACGUUAAAAAGUGUGGUAAUUAUUGCAUAUAGAAAUAUUUACUAUUAUUAAAAAAUAUGCUAUAAUAAUAAAAAUGCAAAGAAUAAAAACGCGUGAGAGAGAAGAAUGAAUUGAAUGAUUAAAUGAAUGAACGAAUGGAGAGAAAGAGAAAGAAAAUAGCGUGAGAGGCGGAAGUCGAAACGCUCGCGCGGGCCGCGUGAUUUCUCGGAGAGACAUUUUUGACAUUUUGUUUGUGACAUUUCGUUCGAGAACACACGCCUGAAAAUGGUUUAAACAAUUGUAGAAGUCCGCGAAUCUCGACGGGAAAACACCGACCCCGCGUCGCUUCGACGUAGAUGUCGUAAAUGAAUAAUUACAAAAAAGAA